CUCAACUCGCGUCAACAACUUUCCACGUGUGUUCAACCCUCCCACGCAACCUUGCCGAACGAGCCCAAUUAUGAAGGCGUUCAUCGUACUGCUGUCGCUAGCCGUGGCCCUGGUGGCCAGUGCCGUGAUUCCGGAAUCAGUCGUCGACGACGGCAGGGCAAACCAGGGCCUGGACCGGGAACUGGUGCGCAGCAGACGCAGCGUGGGGUGGGGCGGAGAGCACGACCACCAUCACCAUGAGGAGCACGUUAAGGAGGUUCACGUUACGAAGACAGUCCACGUGCCCUAUCCCGUUGAGAAGAAGGUCCCGGUGAUCGUGGAGAAGAAGGUCCCGGUGUACAUCAAGGAGAAGCCCAAACCGAUCAAGAUCAAGAUCAAGCGCACCAAGCACUCGCACUCGGGCUAGAGAUUAGAGAUUAGAGAGGAAGGCAGUUUUAAGGUGAAAGUGAAAGAGUGAUUGAGGAGUUGUGAAGAUCUGCAGAGUGACUGUGUAGUUGUAGAAAUAAAAUAGUCUGUUUACAAAUUA